GUUAGAGUUCACAACCUAAGUGGACGUGCUCGUGAAACCUUUAAAUCCUUUGCUUCGUUCAUCUCCAAGGGACUCAAGCCUCAUCAUGGUGUCACUGGGACGACAGAUGCUGGGCUUUGCCCUGGCAAUCAUUGGCUUCGUGGGGAUCAUCGUCACUUGUGCCUUGCCUAUGUGGAGGGUCAGCGCCUUCAUUGGAGCCAACAUUGUGACGGCGCAGAUUAUCUGGGAAGGUUUAUGGAUGACCUGUGUCAUGCAGAGCACUGGCCAGAUGCAGUGCAAAAUCUAUGAUUCUCUGCUGGCUCUUCCUCAGGAUCUCCAGGCUGCCAGAGCUCUUGUGGUCAUUGCUAUCAUGGUUUCCUUUAUUGGGGUUAUCGUCGGCAUUGUUGGAGGAAAGUGCACCAACUUUGUGGAGGAACCAAGAUCCAAAGCCAAAGUGGCCAUUGCUGCUGGAGCUAUCUUCAUCUGUGCUGGUGUGCUUGUUCUCAUCCCUGUAUGCUGGUCUGCCAACUCCAUCGUCCAAGAUUUCUACAACCCUACCCUGAUAAGUGCCCAGAGGAGAGAGAUUGGGGCUGCACUCUACAUUGGCUGGGGCACAGCUGCACUUCUAAUCCUGGGUGGUGCCCUCCUCUGCAGCUCCUGCCCACCCAGAGAGAGCCCAGAGUAUCCAGUGAAGUAUGGCGGCCCCAGGUCCACAGCCACCAGCCGAGCCUAUGUCUGAAAUUCUACUGAGAAGGACUAUAAAUUAUUUUAAUUUUCUUCAGUAACACUCCUUCAUUCUGAUUGUCUAAUUAUACCACAAUUUGUAUGUCACUUUCUGUGUUAAGGUAACAAACUAUUCUGACUUUCUGUGAAAUUCAGAAUUCUUUGGUAGACGCAUGAGGGUUGUGUUUCUUAGACAUCAAAAGUCCAAAGUUGUGUGGAUCACAGAGCUUCCAGCACGCCCCAAAUCUGGACUGAAUGAAACUAUUUAUACUGAGCUUGUAUCAAACCUAACUAUCCUCUGUAGUCUUGUGGGAAAUCAAACAUGUGCUUGAAGAAUGCUAUGCAAGUAAAUGUGUAUUGUACUACAGUUAUAUUAUGAAUUUAUUGUAAACAAUAUUUAGAAAUAUCUCUAUUCAGCUGCAAUAUGAAAGUACUGAUUUUGUUUACUGCACUGAUAAUGGUAAUAAAACAUUUUACCUAAUUAUA